UUAAUAGUUGCCGAGGCACUGGUGUUAGAGCACUGUGAUUGGUUGAUCUUAGAUCUGUAACGCCAUUGAAGUUACCGCGUCAUUUCCGUAAUUUUAAACGGAAACUGAUCAGUUCGCGACGUAAAGAAAAUCAGUUAGCGGUGAUGGUUGGAAAAAAAUACGGUUCAACCUGGUAAACAAAUAGAAGAGCUGGUUCAGUUGUUCGGUUGUCGACGGAGUCGCCGUAGACCAUGUCCGCCCAGGCUCAGAUGAGAGCGCUGCUCGACCAGCUGAUGGGAACAGCGAGGGAUGGCGACGAGACGCGGCAGAGAGUCAAGUUCACCGACGAGCGAGUCUGCAAGAGUCACCUGCUCAACUGCUGCCCGCAUGACAUCCUGUCUGGAACGCGUAUGGAUCUGGGCGAAUGCACAAAGAUCCACGACCUGGCGCUGCGAGCCGACUACGAAAUUGCCUCCAAGGAGAGAGAUCUGUUCUUCGAGCUUGAUGCCGUGGAUCACCUGGAGACGUUCAUCGCCGACUGCGACCGGCGGACAGAGUUAGCAAAGAAACGGCUGGCUGAGACGCAGGAGGAGAUCAGUGCAGAAGUGGCUGCAAAGGCUGAGAAGGUCCAUGAGCUGAACGAGGAGAUCGGGAAGCUGCUGGCGAAGGCGGAGCAGCUCGGCGCUGAGGGCAACGUGGACGAAGCCCAGAAGGUUCUGCAGGAGGUGGAGAAGGUCCGCACCAGGAAAAAGGAUGCCGAGGAGGAAUACAGAAACUCCAUGCCGGCCUCCAGCUUCCAGCAACAGAAACUCCGCGUCUGUGAGGUUUGCUCCGCCUACUUGGGUCUCCAUGACAACGACCGCCGCCUGGCUGACCAUUUUGGUGGGAAGCUUCACCUGGGCUUCAUCCAGAUCAGAGAGAAACUGGACCAACUCAAGAAAACGGUGGUUGAGAAGCAGGAGAAAAGGAACCAGGAGCGCCUAAAGAGAAGAGAGGAGAGAGAAAAAGAGGAACGGAUGAAGAAGAGGACUCGGUCCCGCAGCAGAGAGCAUAGAAGGUCCCGUUCACGUGACCGCAGACGGAGGCGCUCACGCUCCUCGUCCCGGGACCGGCGCCGCUCGCGCUCACGCUCCAGGGACAGGAAGCGGCGGCACCGCAGCAGAUCCCGCUCCCGCAGCCGAGGGCAUCGCCACAGCCACGAGCAGAGCUCCAGACACAAGUCGUCCAGGGACCGCGAGCGUUCGUCUCCAGACCGCUCCCGGGACCGAGACAAGCGGGACAGCUUGAACGGCCGGUCGGACUCCCGCCGGGGGGAGGAGCGGGACGCCGGCGGGGAUUUCUGAAGACCAAACGACGGCGACUCGUUGCCUCCCGUCUCUCCACUCUGUCUGUUUUUAUUAAACGUAGUCGUUGCCUUCCUGCGUCUCAUCGUCUCCAUAUUUGGUCAUGCAGUCACCUCCAGCUAAACCAUGACAUGACUUCUGUUUCAUCAGACCAGAUGGCUGCAAACGUAUUAAAUUAGUCAAAAAAUCAUAAAAUGCAACUGAUUUUACUCUUUUUUUCUUUUUUUCUGAUGUUUUUGAUAAAGGUCUGUAAAUAUGUUAGUCUGGAAGGCCCGCCCUGUUUUGUCCCUCGGAGGCUUCCUUCCUGCUGUCGUGGUCACAUGCUUUUCUUGAAUGUCUCCCAGUUUAAAAACAUUUCUAAUUUUGACCCAAACAGAUUUUAAAUUGUAGUCUUGCUGAAUCUCCACUUAAAAAAAAAAAAAAAACAUGAAAAAAUCUUUUAUUUUCUGAUUCUGGAACUAAAAAAAUAAAAGUAGUGAGUUCGACCCGGUUCUGUUCAGUUCUGGUGACGAGUUUCCUGUUAGUUUCACCUUGUCUCUUUAAUUUAACAUCUACUGUUGGCACGGAAACGAUCCGCCCGCCAUGGAUCCUUACGGCCCGUUUAGUGUAGAGAGCAGAUUGAAUGGAUGCUUUGCUCCCCUGAUUUGUUCAGUUUGGCUGAAAUCUUUUCUUUAAAGUCACAAUAAAAAAAACUUUUAUUGUC